AUCUGUCAAAUCUGUCAAAAACUGGUCAAUCUAAAAAUGUCGUGCUUUAUUUUAUAACUUAGAUUCGAUUAAUAAAUCAACUGUUUGUGUGACCUUUAUCCUAUCAAUAUAAUAAUAUUUUCGGAACUUGCUUAUAAUAGCAAAACUCAUUAGAACAAAUUCAUUUGGCGUGUAGCCCUCAUGUAAGUAACAUGUUGCAGACUGGGCGUUGUAGUUUGGAUGGAUCCUUGGGGUAACAAUACUGAGAAAUCUGCCGUUGCUGAUCCGAAGUUUGAAGACGAUUUUAGCCCUGAGAGUUCCUUCGCGAAGUUGUCCGACUCUGCCGAGUACCUCGCCGCAUUGGAGCGCAAGCUGAAAUCAGUCCGAUCGAAGAACAAGGUGUUGGACAAUCUCUCUGCGUACCGCGCGGACUGCAUCGAGCGGUUGAUGCGAGACGGCUGCGACCUGGACCCCGUCAUCGGCGAUACAGAGUCUGAGAAACUACUUCAAGAAUAA